AUGUUUACUUUAACUAAUGGACCCUCAGCAAUAGUUCAUUUACUUCAAAAUCUUUUAUUAACUGGAAUAGAUCAAAGAGAAUGGUACAAUGCAACCUUAGUUUGCAGUGCUCUAGUCAUUUUUGGAAAGGCUAGCAAUUUUAUUCUUUUCUGUCUCUUUUCCAAACACUUUAGAAGACGUUUAUUUGCUUUAGCACAAAAAAGAGUUCAUAAAAGAUUAGCUUCUUCAGUUGGGAUGGGGAAUAAAGGAGGAUUUGUUGGUGGAAGUAAACGAAGUAAUUAUAACAAAUUUAGAGGGGAUUCAUCAAAUGCCGGAAAACAAUAA